CUCGGAGCGAUUUGCCAAGUAACAUGUUGUUGUGGUUGAGGGAGAUGAGGGGUGUGUUGUGGUGGUAAGCAAUGAUGAUAGAGAGCCAAGACGAAUUAGUCUCUCACAGAAGAGGCUUUUUUGGAUCAACAGUCGUGAGGAGUGGCUUCUCUAUUGCUCGAGAUGACUCCAAACGUCUGAAAUGAAGGGAUUUUGGUGGCACCUAUAAGAGAGUCGAAGGAAUCGAAAGAGGAGAGCGAGGAGGUCGGGGAAGAGAGACCAUCAUUGCAGCACAUGUCUUUCUUAUCCAGGAGAGAUUGGCUGGUGAAUGACAAUCAUGGCUCAGGUGCUUCAUAUGGACUCAAGUUUUCCAGGGAAGAUUAACCCCCCGGAGCCCCCCUCCUUGCAUGGAAAGGACCCAGAGGCUCCAUACUCAGUAGAGACUCCCUAUGGCUACCGUCUGGACCUGGACUUCCUCAAGUAUGUCAAUGAUAUUGAAAAGGGCAACACUAUUAAGAAGGUGCCAGUGCAGCGACGCCCGCGUUAUGGCUCGCUUCCACGCGGCUACGGCUACACAGGCUCCUGGUGGACCUCCACUGAGUCACUCUGCUCCAACACAAGCAUGGACAGCCGCCAUUCAUCGUACUCCUACUGUGCGCCAGGCUUUCACACCUCACAGCGGCCUAACUUCAGUACGGCACGCGUGGAGAAGACCUUGCUAGACGCUCGCCGCAAGCUAGAGGAGGAGAAGGAUGGCCGUCGCUUCUCGAACUUGGGCAGCAUGCACAGCAGCAUGGCAGGCUCCAACACCUCACUGUCCAGUGCCCACAGCUUCAAUCGGGCCCAGGGAGGGGGCUCCUAUACACCAAUGAGCUCUGGCUUGUCCACACCCGUCUCACCGACGCCCGCCCACCUCCAGCACGUACGGGAGCAGAUGGCCGUCGCCCUGCGGAAGAUCCGGGAGCUGGAGGAGCAGGUGAAGACCAUCCCGGUGCUGCAAGUGAAGAUCUCGGUGCUUCAGGAAGAGAAGAGGCAGCUUAGCGUGCAGCUCAAGAGCCAGAAGUUCUUGGGCCACACGCUGGGGUUCAGUCGGAGUCGUCCACGGGGAGAGCUCUACAUUGACAUUCCCGAAGAGGAGACGGGAAAUGGGACAGCAGCAGCCAACAGAGCCGCAGGAAGUCUUUCACCUACUACUCCAGGUUCUCUUCAGGACUCAGGAUGUGAAAUCGAGGAAACUGUAAUUGUCGGUGGAGCUCGUCCGGGGGCAAAGCGGGAGGUGCGAACUGUCGGUGUGGGACCUGAGGUGGCUUACCGUCAAGUGGGAGUAGGGGUGCGAGAAGAGGACUUGGGGCUGCUGCCUGAAGCCGAAGCCCUCAAGACUAAGGUGGGGCUGUUAGAAGUUCAGCUGAGGAAAACCGUGCAGGAGCUACAGAGCGCUCAGCAGCAAGUGGAAGCAGUUCAAAAAGAGAGGCAAGUUCUUUCCCCUCAGGUGGGCCAUGCGGUGAGGGCCACCAGCCUCGGCUGGCAGGAACAGCAGGGCCAGUCCGGGGCGGGCCUGCACACGGUUGUCAGUUUUACACAGCAGCCUCAUCAGCAGAGGACUGUGGGAAUCCAAGUGUACACGCUGGAGCAGCCCACAGUGGUGGGUGUAGGGACGCUGCUAAGGGCCCAGGGUUGCACUACUCCUGCUCAGCCUGUGUCUACACCGGAAGGAGCCCACAGAAGGCAUGCAGAUCCCCCAGCAGCCGAGGAAUUGCCGCGUGAGUUUCCCAUUGCAAUAAGCUCUAAGCAGGUGCGGGAGGUUUUGAGAAGCGAAGUGUCCAAAUCAGUGCCAGUGACUAACCAGGCAACUGCUAUGGAGACAAAGCGCAGCCAAGUGGCAGCCGUCUGCCAACGGCUAAAAGAGGGAGAAAUUAACCAGCAACCAGCAGAAGAAGCCAUCCAAAUCGAUCCAACAAAACCAGCCUCCCCUCAGUCCAGCCUGAGGUCAAUCAUGAAGCGAAAAGCAGAUGGUGAACCUGGCUCUCCGUACACCAAAAAGAACCUGCAGUUCAUAGGAGUCAAUGGAGGGUACGAGUCAACAUCCUCUGACGACAGCAGCUCGGAAAGUUCAGAAGAUGAGAGCGAUGCGAGCGAAUACCACGAGGCUACGGAGAAACUACCGGAAUCCGUGGCACAGCAGUCUCCGGUGACCUCCUGCAGCCCGCAGCCUGUCUGUGAGACAGCAGCUGCUCAAACACCUCAGCACAGCACUGCCCAGCCACCAGCCAAUCACACUGCAGCACAGCAAAGCACCAGCCAAUCGCAAGCCACGGAUGCAGCUACCCAGCAACAGGUCACCCAAUCACCAGCAGCAGAGGCAGGCAUACAGCUCUCUGUAAACCAGUCGUCAGUGACCACCGCCACGGCUCGUCCGGAGGGCAUCGUUCAACCCGCAGAUGUUUUCCAAGGGCGUACCUCUCAAAGCACUGCCGCUUCUCUCGAAAAAGACUCUGUCCAGGUGUCAUCCACCAGCUCGUCGGAGCAGCAGUCCAAAGCCACAGAGUCAAACGUCCAGCCAAAUCUCGCUCAGCCAGACAUAUCAGGCCUUGCUGCUCAGCAGACGAUCACUCAAUCACAAUCCACCAGUGCCAAACCUCAGCAAGAUGUUAGCCAAUCAAAAACCGCUGACCUCACCGCCCGACAAGGAGCGACACAGUCACUAUCUACUGAUGCCUCAGCAGAACAGGACAUAGCCAUAUCCUCCUCCGCCAAUCCGGCUGCAAAUGCGAGCACCACCCCUAUUAACAAACAAGCAACCAGACUGGAGUUGAGUGGCAGUCUCAUGGCAGCCCUUCACACCUUGCAGAAGGCACUCAGUGAACCAAAUGCAUUUAGCCAUCAAAACGCAAGGACAGCCUACACCACGGUGCUGCAGGAGUGGCUCAGAGUGUCCUGUCAUAAGGCUGCUGACACUGCAGUAGUCAAAGCGUACAUGGACACCUUCGCCUCAGUUUCUCCCCAGCUACUGGAGUUUGUCAUCAACAUGGCCGACGGCAACGGGAACACAGCUCUGCACUACACUGUCUCUCACUCCAACUUCCCUGUAGUCAAACUACUGCUGGAUACUGGUCUCUGUAAUGCUGACAAGCAGAACAAGGCUGGUUACACAGCUAUCAUGUUGACAGCUCUGGCUGCCUUCAACUCUGACAGUGACCUUCAAACCGUCCUACAGCUGCUCCGCACCGGAGACGUCAACGCCAAAGCCAGCCAGGCAGGGCAGACGGCGCUGAUGCUGGCGGUCAGUCACGGCAGAGGGGACAUGGUGAGGGCUCUGUUGUCCUGUGGAGCUCAGGUGAACCUGCGUGACGACGACGGCUCCACGGCUCUCAUGUGCGCCUGUGAACACGGACACGUGGACAUCGUGCGGCAGCUGCUGUCUGUGCCGGGCUGUGACGCCACGCUCACCGACAAUGACGGCAGCACGGCUCUCUCCAUAGCCCUGGAGGCCAGUCAGAACGACAUCGCCGUGCUUCUGUAUGCACACCUCAAUUUCGCCAAGCCGCCUUCCCCCGUGUCACCAAAGUCUCCAAUUCUGGGUUCUUCUCCUCCCUCCUCUGAACUGAAGUAAAUGGAUGUCAUGAACCAGACGUCGCCUCGUCCAGCAAAGGAUCCUUGUCCAUUCCACUGUCUGUGUGUGUGUGUGUGUGUGUGUGUGUGUGUGUGUGUGUGUGUACAUGUGUACAGUAUGUGUACCCGCAAUUUAGCAUGUACAACAACUUUUAGAGAUAUACAAAUUGUGCACUCCUAAAAGACUUAGCACUUGACACCAUCGGCCCUUAUAUGUUGUUUUUCUCUUCCUUUUGUAGCGAAAAAAAGCGGUGCGAUUCAAAUAAGAACAACAGCAAUAUCAUUCAUCUAGCGGUCCAUUUUCUUAAACAAGCGUCACCUUAUACGGCCAAUUUAUCGAAGUGCGUUUACUUUAAACAGUCCAGCAAUAUUUAGCAUUCGAAUCAUCCAGCUAUACUCAUACAGCAACCGAUUACAUUUAUCCGAGCGUUUUCAAAUGACAUUUAUAAGAGCAACUAAAAAGACGUCUUUUAAUCAAGUGUCCUUUUAUGGUUUUUACUAUACUGAUACGAAAAACACAUUCUGAGUUUCCACACCAGCUGUUUUUCAGAACAACGUUUGAUAGCCUUUACAAAACUAUAUUUGAUUAUACAGUGCAGUUGUCUCACCCUUCAAUGGGAAACGAGCUCCAGCUGCUUCUCUAGAUUUCUAAUGCUAUCUUUUACAGGUGGUUGUAAUGUUUUAGCGUUUUUACUGAAUGAAUUCACGGUGUCAUCCUGUUUCAGAUAGCGUUUGUAUUCAGUUUGUGGGCUUGCGUAAAUCUUCUAGCUUUUAUAAGUCCUCCUUUACCCUUAUUUGUUCACAGCCGGUGCAGUAUUACGGUCUUUUGGGAUCGUACUUGAUUCGUGGAGGACUGCAUGCACGUGCUAUGUUGUUCAUGUAAAAACUUGUAGCGAAGGUUUAUCAAACAAGGGCUCUCCGAAAGGCAUUGUAGAUGAGCAAAAUGAGUUUUACGGAGCUAAUACGUUGUUUUUGAAAUCGUACAUAGCCAGUGAAGGAAAUAUGAAGGUACGCAAGUUUCUUGUUGGAUGAGAAGAGAUAUACACAUAUUGGUACUGGCAUGUGUUCACUGAGCACCGGCUGAUUUAGUGUCUUUUUGCUCAGUCCCUGGUGGUUUUUUACGGUCCAGAAUGUGGGGGGAAGGCUCAGUAUUGUCUACGACGAAUGUAAAAUGUUUUCCAAAAUGAAAAUAAUAUAUAUCAUCUCCAAAGUUUUAGUGCACAGACUAUAAAAUUUUUUUUUAGCCAUACAAGAUGUUGGAUUUUAUCGUUUUUUUAAAUGGAAGAGCUUUGUUUAAUCGGAAAGACGAUAGAUUGAAAUCUUUUUUGGUUUACCCACUUUGUACACAUGCUUUGUUAUAACUAGUUUAGUACCUAAUCAGUUUUAUACUCUUUUGUAUUUGUUUUAUUUAACACUCUUUGGAUACCUUUAAAUUUGUAAUAUCUGUUCACAGCUUUGUAUAUCUUUUGGCACGUUUGCCAGCCAUGAACCUUUUAUGUAAAGUGCUCACAUUUAAAUUUGUCUGUUGGUUUGUUUGUUUCCCUUGUUUUUUGGAAAAAUAAAUUUAGAUAGAAGGA